UGGCAGAGGAGUAGGGGAGGGUGGAGGACACCGGCUACAGCCCUGCCUCCUCUCUGCAUGUGAACACACCGCGGAGACACACGGCACUCAGCCUCAGCAUCAUCACAAGGGCAACAAAGGGACGCAUGGUUCAUCCAAGGCUUUAAACCAAUACAUGAUUCAUUGGGAUCAUUUCCUCUUACAGAUCCACAUUUCCUUCCAUCUACCCCUCACUGCAAAGGUGUGAAACCAUUGCAUGGCCAUGGAGCUGGAGCACUUUGAUGAGCGGGACAAGGCUCAGAGAUACACCCGGCGGGGUUCAAGAGGGAAUGGGCUUCCCAGUCCCACUCACAGCGCUCACUGUAGCCUGUACAGAACCAGGACACUGCAAGCACUGACCUCAGAAAAGAAGGCCAAGAAGAUUCGCUUCUACCGCAAUGGGGACCGCUACUUUAAGGGGAUUGUGUAUGCCAUUUCUCAGGAGAGGUUUAGGUCUUUAGAGGCACUCCUAGCUGACCUCACACGAUGUUUGUCAGAUAAUGUCAACUUGCCCCAAGGGGUGAGGACCAUAUACAGCAUAGAUGGGGUAACAAAGAUCACCAGCAUGGACCAGCUGGUGGAAGGAGAGAGCUAUGUUUGUGCAUCCAUAGAACCCUUCAAGAAGCUGGAUUACACAAAGAAUGUCAAUCCCAAUUGGUCAGUCGGUGCUAGAACUGCUGCGUCCACACGUGACCCAUCGUCCCUGGGCAGUGCCAAGGCUGGAUCCCCAGAAACAAGGGAGAACAAGGACUUCAUAAAACCCAAACUGGUAACCAUUAUCCGCAGUGGGGUAAAGCCCCGGAAGGCCAUACGGAUCUUGCUAAACAAGAAGACCGCACACUCCUUUGAGCAAGUCAUGACUGAUGUCACAGAUGCCAUUAAGCUGGACAGUGGAGUCGUCAAGAGGCUAUACACUGUCGAUGGCAAGAUGGUUACUUGCCUCCAGGACUUUUUCGGAGAUGAUGAUAUAUUUCUUGCAUGUGGCCCUGAGAAGUUUCGUUAUCAGGAUGACUUCAACUUGGAUGAAAAUGAAUGUAGGGUGUCCAAGUCUGCAUCCUACGGCCGGCUCCCCACCGUGCACGGUCGCUCUUCUCCCAGAGGUAGUGGGAUGUCCCGCCGCAGCAAGUCUCCCUCAUCUGCUGGUUCAGCUAAUGGAACUGCAGGCAGUCAACUGUCUACCCCCAGGUCUGGGAAGUCUCCAAGCCCUUCUCCAACUAGUCCAGCUAGCCUCCGAAGACGCCAGGGAUCUCAACACAGCGGUUCAUCUCUGUCUUUGGCUUCUACAAAGGUAUGCAGCUCAAUGGAUGAAGGAGACGGACCUGGCAGUGAAGCUGAGCCCAUGGACGAACACCCAUCAGUUCCUCCCUCCAUAGCAGAGAGGUACAAAGUGGGGCGGACUUUAGGGGAUGGAAACUUUGCAGUGGUCCGUGAAUGUAUAGAAAGAUCUACUGCAAGAGAAUACGCUCUGAAGAUCAUAAGCAAAGAUAAAUGCAGAGGAAAGGAGCAUAUGAUCCAGAGUGAAGUGUCAAUCCUUCGACGAGUGAAACAUCCCAACAUUGUGCUGUUAAUUGAGGAAAUGGACACUUACAAUGAGCUCUAUCUUGUAAUGGAGUUGGUUAAGGGAGGUGAUCUUUUUGACGCCAUCACGUCUUCCAACAAAUACACUGAGCGAGAUGCCAGCUGUAUGCUGUUCAAUUUGGCAAGUGCCAUCAAGUACCUGCACAGUCUAAAUAUUGUUCACAGAGACAUAAAACCUGAGAACCUGUUGGUUUAUGAACACCAAGAUGGCAGUAAAUCUCUGAAGUUAGGAGACUUUGGCUUGGCUACCGUCGUCAAUGGUCCUCUGUAUGCUGUAUGUGGCACACCUACUUAUGUAGCACCAGAAAUCGUUGCUGAGAAAGGAUAUGGUCUCAAGGUUGACAUUUGGGCGGCUGGGGUCAUCACGUACAUACUGCUGUGUGGGUUUCCUCCAUUCCGUGGGAGCGGUGAGGAUCAGGAGGCCCUCUUUGAGCAGAUUUUGCUUGGCCAGCUUGAUUUCCCAACGCCAUACUGGGAGAACGUGUCAGACAGUGCAAAGGGUCUGAUCAUUGGCAUGCUGCAGGUUGAGGUGGAUCAGAGGUACACAGCUGUACAGGUCCUGGACCACCCCUGGGUCAAUGAUGAUGGUAUGUCAGUGAAUGAACACCAGCUGCCUGUGGCUGGGAAGAUCAAGAAGCAUUUCAACACUGGGCCUAAGCUCAACAACACUACAGCAGGGGUGUCAGUCAUUACAACCACGCCACUUGAUAAAGAGAAGCAAGUUUUCCGAAGAAGACGCCACCAGGAUGUGAAGGCCGCUGCCCUCCUUCCACACAGUAUUGGUGCCAGUGCCCCACACAGUUCCAAACCCGGCCACUCCCCUGCUGAGAUCACCUCUGAGUCUGAGGACCUUUCCCCUUGUUCGGCUGGCACUGUUCGAUCACCCACCUCUCCGUUCUAACUGCUCAUCCAGGGCCAGAGCACCAUCCUUCCCUCCAAUGAAAAGUGGAAAAGUGACAGACCUAAUCCUGGGUGCAGUCUGCUGACCUGUUUGCUCCCAGACUGACUUGUACUGAUGUUUUUCCCAGUGGCCAUUUUAGUUCAAAAGAUCAUCAGAGUAAGAGACACAUUAGUCUCUGUAUCUGAGUCCAACUUAAUAGCAUGGAACAAUUUUAACAUUGUUUCCCAUUUCUUUCAGAAAAGCUGCCCAACAAUUUAAGCCUUAUUUCUGCACAAGCAUUUGGUUCAUUGUAGUGCACUAGCACCCUCUACUGGUUCGUAUUCUUUAUUGCAGGAAACCCAGCCAGCUUUAUGAAGCACUUUGCAGACUGACUGAAAUAUUAACUUCUUAAUAUAGUAAUGAUUGUGAUAUGACAAGUUCACUGCAUAUCAUCAGUCAUACUAAAUUAACUUGAAGCAAUUUACAAACAACAAUAACUCAUUCAGUACAAUAUUGUCAGUAGCAGUAAUGUUUCUGAUGUACUUCUGCCAUCCAAUAACAUGUACAUUACUCUGGUAUUUUGUUUUUCGGUGCAUAAACCAUAGAGACAAAUCUGAAUAGGACUUAAGGCCUACUGCUAUAACGUACCAUAAGCGUUAUCUGUACGCUUCAUUGUGUCCUGCUACCAAGUAGUUUGUCUCUUACAAUUAAUAGAGGGUGCUAAUGUUUGACUGUUUAUGGUUUAGCUUAGCUGUUUUUCUUGUAUGACCGUGAGAGUGUGGAUAUGUUGAUGAAUGUCAGUGCAGUUUAGUUUGUAGUUGGUGCAUGUUUGAAGCCUCGCUUUGGCACAUAUGGAUUUAAGUGCAAUUAGGUGUACUGCCCAGUGGGCUCAGGAUCAGAUAUGUUCUUUGUAAUGCUGGAACGAGUGAGAAUUGAUCAGAUGGGAACAAUUGGCAGUUGUGCAACAUGGACUUUUUUCACAGACUAAAAUAAGUUAAUUAUGGACUACAGCACAGUGCUUCCAGUGAAAACCAUAAUUUGAAUAUUUGUUUAUUCAGUCAUCGUUUUUUGGACUUUAUUUUUCUAAACACUCACACAGGACUAAGAUGUCUAACCAGUGAGACUUCACACACUGUUUGUGCUUUAUACAUUAUUUUACCGGACACCAAAUAUUUAUGGUUGUGACUGUCCUCUUCCCUCCAUCUGAGACCGGAGCUUGCAUGCGUGCUAAUAUACAUCCUCAAUUAAUUGUUGCAGUCUUUUACUGUUUGAUAUAUGCCAGACAUCCGCUAUGAAACCGUUUCUCUCAUCAUUGUACAUGCUGUUUUGUUGAAUGGAGUUCAUGUAAGGCAGACUAUAGUCUUAAAACAGCUGAUAUCCUCCUUGUAUAUACAUAUUUUGAAUGAACUGUAACAUCACAUCACUUUGUUGUAUAAGGGCUUUAAGUUUAACUGGGAGGGAGUGAACCAAAAAGCACAAGGAAAGCAAGUUAUAUAUCUACAAUCUGGAAAUGUGUUCUCUUCCUCAGGACUGUAUCUGUUUCUCAUUGUCUGAAAAAACAAGGAAUGUUUAUCUACAGUCUGACAAAUGGUACACGGAGACAACCGGGAAUGUCAGUAUUAUGUGGAAGCAGAUGGGGAAUGUGAAUGCUGUAUUAUACUCAUCUCUAAUCCAUUACUAUUAGGACAUUAUAAAACAAUCUGAAUGAGGACAAAGACCGGUAAUGUUUUUCAAUUAAUGAGGGAAAUCUAUGGUUAUGGAUAAAAAGCAGACUUCCAAUUAUGUACCUUGUAAAGAAAAUAAACCUCAAAAUAAAAAGGAUUAAGUAAA